AUGCCGGGGCAAGCAGAAGCACCACCUGACGGGGAUCCUGUAGUACCUGAACGUGAAGUCUCAGCGGCGCAGCCUGCUGCUGAUCAGAUUGAUGCUAGUUUUCGCGAUGAUGAUGCUGACAGAUGGAAUGGUGUGAACCAGUGGGACGACUCCCGGUGGAGUCGUUGGGGAGACCGAGGUGACCAGUCCCGGGGAAACGAGUGGAAUCACCACGGUCUGCAAUGGGAAGCUGGAGCUACACCGGCUUGGGAACGGCGCCAGAGUUGGGACGCCACCACGGCGGGCACGGUCGGAAACACCGACCGAUGGAGCACGGGCAGCGAUGACCCGUGGUCCCACGGACGUGAUCCGUGGACUGCCGGAGCUCUACACGAAGAUCGCCACCAACGAGGCAGCGGUUGGCCGGAUCAUGGACGAGCUCCCUGGGCGGAUGGUCGAGCUGGCCAUCCACAUGGGAGCGAUUCCGGAGACCACGGAUCUGGCUCGUGGGGCGGUAGCUAUGGUCAAGACGACAACGGAAUAGCCUGGAACGGAUGGUCCCACUACGACGGCGGCGGGUUCCAGGGCAAGUUCGAUGGCCAGCGGGGCGGCUACGGCGGAGGACGAGCCUCCGAAAAGCUCGCCGUGCCGAGCUUCACUGGUGAGGACAGCGACGACAUUGGAAGCUCAGCCCGCAGCUACUUGAGACAGAUUGAAGCGUGGAGGAGGAUGACCUACCUGCCCCCGUCGCAGCAGGGACUCGUCCUGUACCAGAACCUUGGUGGAAAGGCAUGGAUUGCUGCGGAGGAGCUUUCGGUUCCGAGGUUGGCUUCAGAUGGCGGGGUCGGCUACUUUGUUUCCUGGGUAAAUGCGAGGUUCCUGGACUUGGAGGUGGCAAGGAUUGGAAAGGCCUUCUCUGACUUCUUCCGUAGACUUAAGAGACGACAGGGCCAAACCAUUCGAGAAUACAACUCUGAGUAUGACCGCCUUCACGCCAGACUGCGAGAAGUGGGCUGUAGUAUUCCCCAGGAGUGUGCUGCAUGGCUGUAUAUUGACCGCUUGCAGUUGGAAGAGGCCCAGGAGCUGAACUUACUCGCUAGUGUGGGCAACGAAUACAACCUCCUCAAGCUUCAGCAAGCUGCAGUUCUACACGACCGAGGCGUUGCAGAAGGUGAUGGCUCCGACGACGACCUCCCCCAUGGCGAGGAGGACAUCGACCUCGAGGAUGGGGUGCCUGAGGACGUGGCGGUGGCCUACGCGACCUAUCAGAGCGCAGAGGACCGCUACAAGGACCAGGCGAAAGCUCGUGGGUAUCAGGGUGAUCGGACUUCGAAUGCUGCCAAGGAUCCUCCGAAGAAGGCCGACUUGUCGCGCGAGGACAAAGUCAAGCUCAUGAAGUCCAGGUCGUUCUGUGGGAGCUGCGGGAAAAAGGGGCAUUGGCACCGUGAUCCGGAAUGCCCGAACUACCACACCUCCGCUCAGGGCGCUUCGAAGAACAUCAAGGAGAUUGGGGUGUGUCAUCAUGUGCCUGCUGAGGUAUACUCGCUUCGACAUGAAGGAGCGUCUCUCUUGGGCAUUACGGACACCGCGUGCGCCAAGGCCGUUGCGGGCACGAUGUGGUUGCAGCAGUACAGUGAUGCACUGAAGGAGAUCAAUGCUACGCCGGAGCUCGUGAAAGAGGCUGAGGCAUUUCGCUUCGGAACUGGUAAGGUUCAUCAUUCCUCUUUCCAUGUUGUGCUGUGUUUCAAGCUGGGCACCAAAGUGGUGGAGAUGAAGACUUCCAUCAUCAACGGCGACGUGCCUCUUUUGAUGUCAAAGCCGGCACUGGCUCAGCUCGGCAUGAUCUACGACGUGGCGGAGAACCGCGCCGACUUCACACGAGUCGGCCUGCACCAGGUGGACCUUGUCACCACUUCCUCGGGGCAUCCUGCGAUUCCCAUUGUUCCGGCAAAGCCCACCUUAGGGUCUGAAAGACUCGUUGUCGGAGAGACUGAGGUCCAGAGCUGCCCGCAAUACACGGCGUUUGCGCUUUCCAUGGUAGGCAAUGCUAGCGGCUCUUCGAGUAGUACGUCUAGCUGGGGCCCCAAGGCUACAACAACGCAAUCCACGCCUUCACCGACACCAUCCACUUCUACCACAAAGGCUCCUCCAUACAAGAUCUUCUACGAUAAGAAACUAUCUCCAGAAGUCAGGGAGCUGCUCACCCAGGAUCGUCUGUGCGAAGUUUCCUUUACGAGUUGGUGGGAGAGGACCAAGAUUAGUUCAGACUUCUGGUUGGAAGGCGAGGCAAUGUGGUAUCGCAUUCAUGUUGUGCCCCGAAGAGCCCUGUGCAACCCAUCCACAUGGAAGACGCAAUCUACCGUACAGAAGAGCAUGCUACUUCAGUCAAUCGGAGAUAUUCGUGUGACCGAGGGUUUCUGCUGUAGGACAGGAAAGCCUUUGGAAGCUGCCGUUGAUCAGUGGAAGCAUGAUCAGAGCGACAUGGCAUGCAAGCAGCCGGCGAUUUCCAAGAUGACCAAGACCCAGCUGCUCGAGGAGUGCAACCGCCUAGGACUUGUGGUCCACAGGGCAUGGACGUGCGAGGAACUCAAGGCCACCAUCAUGGAGCACCGGAUGAACGACCCCACGCACAAGCAAGCGAAUGCACUGAAGUCGGUGUCCUCAAUGACACUGGCGGAUCUGCGAGUGAAGGCGGACAGCCUCGGGGUUGCCUACUCCGAGAGGACCACCAAGGGCAACCUCAUCCGGCUCAUCAGGGACGCGGUCUCGACCCCAGGCUCGGAGUUGAUGAAGAUUGGCAAGUUCAAGGGGUACGAGUUCCAGGAAAUCCCGCGGAGCUACGGCAUGUGGGCGGCGCGCGAAGUCAGGAUGAGCCAGAACCCCCACGUGGAGUUGAUCCGCUAUGCCAAAUGGUGGGAGGCCAAGGAGUACGAGGAGAACUACGGCAGCGAGGGCACCCUGGAAGCGAAUGCGACGGUCCCCUACCCCGCGGACGUGGCCAGUGUGGCGGCAUCCUCCGGGACGGCGCCCUGGGAUCUAGUGCCGGACCAGCAGCCGAGCAGGAAGGAACUCGACCUGCCCUUCGACCCGAGGGCCACGAAACGGGGAGCACCGACCGGCGCCACCAACGAGAUGGAGUCGGAGAUCGACCCGACCACUCUGGACGAGAUCAAGGCCCUCGAGACCAGGCUCGCGAUCCUCAAGCAGAAGGCGAAGGCGGCGGACCUCGCCCAGUCCGAGGAGGCGAAGGAUUGCGAGGAAACGACACUGCACCACGACGGCUUCUGCGAGGCGGAUGAACGGCAUCUACUACCAGAUCAGGGACGGCGUCACGGGCUAGUUCAUCCUCCUCCUCUUCCUGAGAAGCUUGGUUUCUAUGAGCACGGUGGCACCCAUUUUGGCAAUAAGCCCACCGAGCAUGAGCGUGUAUGCUGUGGACAGGACUACGACGCCACCACCCACGGCAUCUUCAUCACGACCGAUGAGUUCGAGCGCUCGGGGAUUAACAACACUCCCAUCAACUACCAAUGCUACCGGGCCGGGCGACAUCGUGAUGAUCCCUUCACCCAGGCCUACAACGACAAGGACUUCCAACCUGAAACCCUGGCCAGACUCCUCAACCUUCUCGACUACAAGCCUGUGAGAGGAGCCCGAGAUGGGAAGUUUGGAGGCAAGACCGGCGACCCAGUGAACUACUUCACCUACGGGAUGUUCACGCACGGCGGGAUCGUCGGAGUUACUACGAAAACCCGCGAGUGUGACAAUGUGGUCAGGUACCUCAACGCCUACGGCAAGUACCACCUCGGCGGGGCGGCGUCGUGGUCCUCAAUCAGCCUCUCCCGCGACGUGACCACGGAAGUUCAUCACGACUACCACAACUACAAGGGCACCAGGAACUUCACGACGAGCGUCGGGCAGGACUCCGGAGGAGGAUUGUGGAUUGAGGACCGCAGCGUGACCGAGAACACGCUUUCCGGCGAUGUGAAAUGGAGGCGCACGAGCACCGGGCAAUGGCUGCCCGGACGAACCUACGACACGCACCACAAGUUUCUCGAGUUCGACCCCUUCCUCAAGCACGCCACCGAACCAUGGACCGGCAGCCGAUGGAGCGUGACCUACCACACGACCCGCAACCUCUGCAAGGGCGGCCCGGAGAUGCUCAAGUUCCUCAAAGGAUGUGGGUUCCCUCUACCUAGGAGGCAACCGUUGGCAGCGAGCGAAGAGAGGGCGACUAGGAAGCCGCGAGCCAGCACUAGGCGAAGUAUCUUCAACAACGCCGCAAAGAUCGGAGUGAUGAUGGCCACGCUUAUCACUGCGGCCGGCAGCUAUAUGUCGGAGCACUUUGCCCCGAAGCCCGACGCCGAGCCGAUUGUCAUCUUCGAGAUCGGGAACACGGAGGCGACCCACGAAGCCGCGUCCAUCGGAAAGGAUGUGUUCGAGCCGAUGUCUUGGGAACGAUAUCGUACUCCGGAAGGCAAGGAGAGUGCCUUCCACAUUGUCAACGGAGGAGGACCUCGAGAACUACGCCUCUGCCUCGACAGCAGACCUCAGGAAUGUGGUGAGGCAGUCCUCGACCUGGCAAGGCUGCAGAUCGAAGACGGCGGUACGGUGGUGAUCCAUGGCCCGGCCGACGACGAGAUCCUUGACCUCAUCGACCACGACCACUUCUUGAAGGAAGCGAAGCGGUACCAGAGCAACGAUGAAGGGAGAGUGUUCUUGGUGAUGUUCAGAGAAAAGGCAGACACCGAACCGGUGUCGUGCAGAGACCGCGUCCACGAAAUCAAGAUGGUCUCCAGAGACAGCGGGCCUCAGCCCUCCGACGAGCCUAUGCCAAUGGGAGCCGGUGGGAUUUCUUUCGGCGCCAAUACCCCCGGAGCGGUGGCAACUGCACUACGGAGGCUACACCAGAACCUCGGGCACCCGAGGCAGGAAGAUCUGAUCCGACACCUCCGGCUUGCAGGAUGUGACCCCUCGGUGCUCAAGGCAGCGAGAUCAAUGAAGUGCCAGGUCUGUGCUGCCAAUGCAGGACCGAAGAUUGCCCGACCAAGCACGCUACCACCUAUGGCCGACUUCAACGACACCCUCGGCCUCGACCUCUUCUUCUGCCACGACACCGAUGACGUGAAGCACGGGUUCCUCUCUGUUGUCGACUAUGGGACCACCUAUCACCUCGCUGUGAGGGUAGACGGCCAGUCUGCCGAGGACAUCGAGGCCAAGUUCAACGAGAUGUGGCUUUUGCCAUUCGGUCCACCAAAGGCGGUGGUGAUCGACCUGGAAGGCGGCUUGCAAUCAGCCCUCGGGCGGCUAUGCGACUGGCAUGGCAUUGGGGUGCGCAGUGUGGCUGCGCAGAGCCAUUGGCAAGCCGGCGUCGUCGAGCGACAACAGGCCUGGUGGAAGCACAUCUGGGACAAGGUGAGCUAUCAGCUCUCCGUCACUGAGGACGAAGUUGAUCUGGCUGUCCCCAUCAUCAAUGGCGCAAAGAACGACCUGAGAAGGAGAUGCGGCUACAGCCCUUCACAGUGGGUCUUCGGCAAGGCCCCACGAGUACCAGAAGAUAUCCAAGACCCAGACGGUGGAGGGCAUGUUCUAUGGGACGUCAGCGAAGAUGCGAAGUACCAGAGGCAGGCAGCUAUGAGAGCCGCCGCUCGCGUGGCUUUCCAUCAAAGCCAGACUGAUGGGAGGCUACGCAAGGCGAUGCUACAGCGAACGAGGGUCGCAUCACGACCCCUCGACGUGGGCGAGAGCGUGCACUUCUGGCACAAGCCGAAGAACCGGCGGCGAGGAUGUUGGACUGGCCCAGCCGUGAUCGUGGGCAAAGAAGGGGGCAACUACUGGCUCUCGAAAGGGGGGCGAUGCAGACUCACAUCGCCCGAACAUGUGCGACCGACGACCGCUGAGGAGGUGGGCGCCUUGCUGACUAUGAAGAGUACCCAAAGGGAGAUGGAGCGCCUACUUGAUCAUGACCCCGACGGAGACGAAGCCUACGAAGAUGACGAGCAGGAGUACCUGGACGACCUGCUCGAGGACCUCAGUCUACCCGGCGACGAUGAUAAGGCCGCCGAGCUCGAGAACAUGGAGCUGGACGACGAAGGCAUCGCCCUCGACGCCUUCGACGAUAUCGCCCAGGAAGCCACCGAACUCCCGAGGCGAAGGCUGAAGAGGAAAACUGCCGUGGCGGAGCUCAACCCCGACAGACACGAGGCGAUGAUGUUGAAGACCCAGCUCACAACGAGAGGUCUGGAAAAGCGAAAGGAAAAGGAGCUCAAGUGGACCGAGAUUCCGCCAGAGGUCCACGACAAGUUCAGGGAAGCCGAGAAGACUCAAUGGGACGAGCACCUCUCCUUCGACGCUCUCGAGCCCUUGACCACUUCCGAGAGCGAGCGCAUCCGUCGCGAGGUACCUGCCGAACGUAUCUUGCGAAGCAGGUGGGCCUACAAGGACAAGAACUGGUCAAGGCGACGUGAAGGAGAAGAUGUCCCCUGGAAAUGUAAGUCCCGGCUUGUCAUUGCCGGACACACUGAUCCGGACUUGACCGAUGAGAACCUCAACCUCUCCACUGACGCGCCCACUUUGUCAAGGAGUGGGUUGGCUUGCAUGCUGCAGCGCACGGCAGACGGCCUGGAAGAGACCGACUCAUGGACAUUGGCCGCAGGAGACAUUCGAUGUGCGUUCCUCACUGGCAGUUACCUGGACCGCGAACUGUUCAUGCACCAGCCAAAGACGGGUUUUCCAGGCAUGAAGCCGGAGCAACUGGUGCGCAUAAAGAAGAAUGUUUUCGGGCUCGCCACGAGCCCCCACACCUGGUGGCAAGAUCUACAAGGCGGGAUCAACGAGAUUGAGAUUGAGUUCCCCGACACAGACUAUGCCGGAAAAUACAGGUUCGAACAGUCUGCUAUGGACCCGUGUGUUUUCCUUCUGAGGAGAUGGAACGGAGAGAGCUUCGAGGGCACACCCGUUGCCUACCUGGGGUGCCAUGUUGAUGAUCUGCUUGUUGCUGGACCGCGUGGCCUGCAGCAGACGAUACAGCGGGCCUUAGCCGCAAAGUUCGAGAUUCAGGACUGGGAGAUGGACGAGUUUGAGUUCCUCGGCUCGAAGAUCCAAGUCCGGGAGCACAGCAUCAACAUGACCCAGGAAAAGUACGCGGACACCCGGCUCUUCUACCUGGACCUGCCGGCCGGCGUGAGCGACGAUGACAUGGCGCCCCCAGAACUGGUGAGCGAUAAUCGAAGCCUUGUCGGCGCACUUUCCUGGAUGAGCGCGCAGACCCGCCCAGACUUGACAUGCUGUGUUAGCAUGGCACAGCAGCUACAGAAGUCACCGACAUACGGCGACUUGAAGUUCACCAAUGCCACAGCCGUUAAAGCCCACCAGUUCCGAGAGAGAGGACUCGAGUUCAGGGGCAUCCCCAAAGACAGGAUGAUGAUCGUGGUGUUCCACGAUGCGGCCUGGGCCAACGUUCCCGAGGCCGACCCGGACGAGGACUACUACGUCCUCAGCCACGACGAAAACCAAGCGGGCCUACAGACCGAAGGGCCGUAUGCUUCUGGAGUAGCUCGGAAGGCCAAAAAGGGCAACUCCCGAGUUGCAUCGCAGCUCGGCGUGCUAGUGACCUUCGUUGAUCGAGGAGCCCUUUCCGGAGAACCGGGCCACUGCAACAUCGCCGACUGGAAGUCCAGAGCCGGACAGCGAGUGUGCCGGAGUACGUUUGGAGCGGAGACCCAGGCGUGUGCAGAAGGGCUGGAGACUGCGCAGUACCUCCGGUCAAUGUACGAGAGUUUGACCAAGGGCUACCUCGUCACCGUCGAGGCGGCAGAGCUCCCCAUCCUUUGCCUGAGCGAUUGUCGGUCUCUUUAUGACCACCUGAGGCGGCAGGGGAUACCGAGAGUCCCGAGCGACAAACGGCUCGCAGUGGACUUAGCGGCCCUGAGACAGGGCCUUAGGUUAGAGAAAUGGUGCAACGAGCUCCCGAUAGCGUGGAUCCCGGGCUCACUCCAAAGGGGAGAUGUGCUCACCAAACCGCAAAAUCCCAGCGAAUGGUGGGACAUGAUCGGAGCGAAGUUGCUUUUGCCAUUGGCUAUCGCCAAAGGAGGCGUUCUGAUCAGUAACAGAAAGAUCAGACAGAAAACCAGUGUGAAACUUGAUAGAAUUCCUACUCUUGAUGGCAUCCUUCCGUACGAGUACGCUGUUGUUUGA